GCUAUCUGCAUAUUUGUAAUCGUAGGCAUAUAAUGAUACAACUUUUUCAGCAGUGCCAGGACAAAUUCCAUCUAUAUAACAAAAGACUGCCAAAAAGUGAUCGUGUUUCUGAUUGCAAUACUCCUUACAGUUAUCAAUUGGUUACAAAAUAGCUCAAUAAGGCCAUCUAGUGGACAUAUGGUCAGCCAACUCACUGUGAACAAGAAAAAGAUACAGUGAUCGCAUAUGCUAAUUGAUGUCUGCGUUUUGAAUUGAUAUUCGCUUGUUUUCUCUUCAUUUAAAUAGCCUAGGUUUAACAAGUAAUUACUUAUUUGAUUGUUUGUUUAGGCACUUUAGCUAAAUGCUGUAAAUGUAAAAUGUAUGCUUUGUACAUAGAGUGAAUAAUAUCAACCAAGAUCGCCCUUAUAGUUUUGCCACUGGAUAAAAGUGUAAACGUAAAUGUGUAGAAUAUAUUUAGUUUUCGUAGGUUUCCAUUGUUUCGCUUUUUAAAAAUCGCUAUUACCGAGGUUUGUGACUGGGAAUGUAACUGCGCCGGUUACUUGUUGUCACGUUUCCUGUUUUACCGGAACAUUAUUGUGGACGCACGUAGGAAAGCACAUUGCGUCAAAAAAUGGUUACUGCCUAUUGAAAGUGUUAUGGUUCAUUAUGGCUGGGAAUAUUCCUAAAUCUGAAAGAGAAACCGGAGUGAUAUUGGGCUUCUUAGAAGAAGCUGAGGCAUGGCAACUUCUUAGCGCUCAGUUUCCUAGUAAAGUUGGAGGAAAGCCAGCUUGGUUGAGCCAACAGAAUUUACCAACGCUCCCUGAGAUAGAGUGCGAGAAGUGCCAGACUCCACUGGUGUUUCUUUUACAGGUUUACGCACCACUUGUCGGAUAUGAACGAAGUUUCCAUAGGACAUUGUACGUGUUUUGUUGCAAGACUCCAGCUUGCUACACUCGAAAUGACAGCAGGUGCUUUAAAGUGUACAGGAGUCAGUUACGCAGGGAAAAUGAGUUUUACUCUUUUAAUCCACCUCCUGACGAGAAGCCAGCGGACCCUGGGGAUGAACAUCGCAUUCUUAGCACUGGAGUCAAACUUUGCUACCUUUGUGGCUGCCCUGGACAAAAAGCUUGCUCCCGCUGUCAUUUAGUGACCUACUGCAGCAAAGAGCACCAGGUUAUAGAUUGGAAACAACGACACAAGAAGGAAUGCUGUGAUGAAGCAGCUUCUGUGGCUUCAGAGAUUCUGAAUUCAUUUGUGUUUCCUGAGAGGGAGCUGGUUACAGAGCCCGAGAAACUCCCUGUAAAGCAUGAAGAGUUAUGUGCCUCAAACAGUUCAGAGCAAGUGAAUUAUACUUCAGAUUUGGAGGAAAAAGAGUUGGAGAGCAUGGCUUUCCAUGAAACCCGUGACAGUAAAGUGUUUUUGAAGUUUAAGAAAUGUAUAGCUACAGAGCCACAUCAGGUCUUACGUUAUUGUAGAGAGGGGUCUCCACUUUGGUUGUCAUCUGAACAUGUGCCCAUUAAAGCAGAAGUCCCAAAAUGCCCAUGUGGUGCCGAAAGAACCUUUGAAUUUCAGAUCAUGCCUCAGUUGCUUAAUCACUUGAAGGUGGACCGGAAAGAUGCGAGCAUAGAUUGGGGAACACUGGUCAUCUACACAUGUACUGACAGCUGUGAUCAAGGCAACAAAUAUUCCCCCGAGUUUAUCUGGAAACAAGACUUUUCAGAGGAUCGGGUCCUUUAACUUUACGCUACUAUAAUGAGAAUGUGCUCUUCAAUGUUUACUCUAUCUGCAUGGAUAAGAUUAGUUUCAAUGGAUUUAUUAAUUGCUGAUAUAAAAAAAAAUAAAUAUCUACCACUCUCAUUGCAGAAUGAAGUCACUCUGAACAGAGGGUGCUGAAUAAGGAACUAAUUGGAGUAAUUUUUUAAUGAGUAAGAAUUAGGUGAUUGAGUACAAGUCUAAUGAAAUAGCACUACAUUGAACAAGCAUUAUAAACAUAAAUAUUUAUUUGCCAGUGUUUCAAAGCAAAUCAACAAAGGCAGAAAAAGUUACAUAAGCAGUGCUUUACAAGAGGCUUCAUUAACCCAUACAAUGGAUAUACAUGUUAGUUGCACCAAAUCAUAUUCCAGACUCUGGCAUUGCAAAACCUAAACAGUCAAGAGUGUACAGGAUCUAAAACCUUUUAAGCCAUGUGUAUAAGAAAGCACGCAGCUUAAGUUUCAACAAAAACAGCUGAGAUCUUCCAAGGGUACUUGCACUUAAUUGAAGGUGCUUGAUUGAUCAUGAAUGGAGAACUACCAUUUCCUAAAAUCUUUUGAAUCCUAAAUUGACUGCAUAUAGCAUGUUAUAGGCAUGGGUUAGGGAAGCUAGUAAAUUCAAAUGAAAUGACAACUUUAUGCAGCCAAACUCAACAUAUCAACUGUUUGCGCUGAACGAGCCAGAACAAGUCGAGUCAAACUCAUCUGUGCAUCAUCUAACCAUCUUCAGCUUACUUUGUGUUGAACAGAACUUAACUGUGAUCCAGACAAUGGACAUUAAUGCUGUAGCUUCACAGCAUUAACACUUCUCUUGUAACAUGACAAAUUAGAACCACUCAGGAAGUAACCUGCCUGUAUUAAAAGGAAUGUGUGGUAUAAUGUACAAAAGGAGGAAAACAUUAAAACCAUUAAAAGGACUGCCAUAAGAAUGUGGACAAUAACAGCCACAAAACAGCUGAAUUAAAAAAAAAAAAAAAAAA